GCUUGUGCUCUCUGGCUCUCUCUAUCUCUCUGUCAAAUAAAUAAAAUCUUAAAAAAUAGAAAAAUAAAAAUAACGAGGUAAUAAAGUGAACCUGUUUGGUGGGCGCUAAUCCAGUCUGAUUGGUGUCCUUAUACAAAGAGGAAAUUUGGACACACAGAGAGAGAUGAACGUACAUAGAGGGAGGGCCAUGUGAGGACACAGUGGAAGGUGGUGAUCUAUAAGCCAAGGAGAGGGGUCUCAGGAGAAACCAGCCCUGACAACACCUUGAUCUUGAGCUUCGAGCUUCCAGAACUAUGAGGAAAUUUGUUUCUGUUGUUUAUGUCAUGCAGUCUGUGGUCUUUGGUUACUACAGCCUGAGCAGGCUAACCCAGUGGGUGGUGGUGGUAAUAAAAAUAAGCCAUAGGUAGCAUUUAUCAAGCACUUACUGUAUACUGGGACUAUUUUAAGCCUUCCCUGAGUCAUCUCUUUCACUCCUCAUAUUGUCAUAAGCAGGCCAAGUCACCUGCCAGGUCACACGGUAAGUGAUGGCACUCAGCCUGGCUCUUGGCACCUUUGCUCAGAACCUUCACUGCACCUGUGUCUAGCCCCUAAUGUUCCCGGAUGCCUGCCAGGCACUUCACAGAUCAUCUUUCUCAUCGCCACAGCUCUCCAAAGUAACUCUUCUUGUUCCCCCUUCUUUCCGAUGUAGAGAGUGCAGCCAGAGUGGUCCAAGGCCACACCAUGAGUAUAUUCAUUUCUCGUGGCUGCAAUAAGAAAUUACCACAAUCUCGGUGGCUUAAAACAGCGUCCACACGUUCUGUCGUAGUUCUGGAGGGCAGAAGUCCAGAAGCAAGAUGUCGCCGGGCCGGGCCUCCUCCAGAGGCGCAUUGGGAGAGUCUAUGCCUUUCCCCUUUCAGCUGCUGCUCGUGCUGCUGACAUCUUCAUGUUCGUGUUAUAAGGAUACAUGUGAUGGUAUUUAUGGCCCACCUGGAAAAUCCAGGAUGAGCUCUUCCUCUCUCAAGAUCCUUAACGGAAUCACAUCAUUUGCCAUCUAACGUAAUAUUCACAGCUUCUGGGGACUAAGAAGUGAGUGUAUCUCUGGGGCAGCAGGUUUUCUGCCUGUCACCGUCAGUGAGCAGCAGAAUGCACCUUGAUGCCAGGGCUUGCUUGAUUCCAGAGCCAUCGUGGUCACUCAUCCUUGGGAGCUAUGGCCAUGAGACCUCCCAAAUCCCUUUCUGCCAUGCCAUUUCUGGCUAUUGUGGCGCUGGGUGUUCGAGGCACAGAGUCCCCAAGACUGGCGGAUAUGCUCAUUCUUUGCAGGAACAAAAAACUGGAAACUCCGAGAAUACCCAUCCACUGGGGACUGGUUACAUCAAGUAUGGCAUCCCCUAAACGGAAGAGACCUUUAAAAAUAGUAAAGUAGAUCAGUAUACGGGGAUAUGGGAAGAAAGCCAUGAUGUCUUAAGAGGAAAGGAAAGAUUACCCAUUUUUAUUCAAAUGUUGUGUGGACACAUGUGUAUGGCAUUAAACAUUGCACUAAAGUAAAAUUCACUUCCUCAGCCACAUUAGCCACGUUGGAAGUGCUCACUGGCCACAUGGCUAGCAGCUACCACCUUGGACAGCACAGAUCUAGAACAUUUCCGUUUUCUCAGCAAGUUCUGGGCAGAAAGCUUCUCGACACUAAGUGUCCAUAGUGAGGCCUUUUUCACUUUGUAUGUUAUAGAUUUAUGUGCACGUUUACCUUUUUUUAUGAUAAACAAGUAGGUGUGCUAUUAUCAGAAAAAUAGGAACACGGGGUUUCUAAGCUAACGUCCUCUUUCUUAAGCAGGUGGAAGUUUAUCAUUGUUUACGAUAUAUUUGUGUGUGUAUAAACUCCUUUCUACAUACGUUGCAUAAUGAAAAUAUUUUAACAUAUAUAAGGGAAGAAUUUCCUGGCAGUGCAGGCUUGAGGUUGGAAGACUCGGGGCCAGAUCUAGGUUCCCUGCCCUAACUGCCUCCCAGCUAUGGCCAAAUCACAUAGCCUCAGUUUCCUGACCUGACAGGAUCCCUACUCGACGUAGCUUGCAGGGUUAGGGUAAGAUUUAUGAGUGUGGUGAUGUGUGGAAACACUCUGAAACUGAGGGAUGGCCACACAGAGGUGAAGGGUCAGGAAAUAAGUGUGUUGCCCGAGGUGUGAGGGGGCAAGGCCUCAGCAAUCUGUGACCGCCAUGGCAGCUUGGAGACCUUGCAUCCUUCUGAGCGGAGUGUUUUCCAGAUGUCAGUAAGGUUGCCAGAGACGGGGAAGUGUUCCUUUGUUUCCACUGCUGUCAUUACUUGGAGAUUUAGAAAUGACAAGCUAUCUUAUUUAUUUAACAAGCAAUUAUCUAGCUGUUUGCUGUUUGCCAUGGCCUCUCCUCUCUGAGUGCUUUACAAAUAUGUACUCAUUUUAUCCCCCUACAAUUCUGAGGUAGUCACCCUUAGCAUGCUCAUUUCACGCAGAAGGAUGUCAAGGCUCAGAGAGGUCAAGUAACUUACACAAGGUCACACAGCUGGUGAGGAAUGGGGUGUCUAACUAAGGCAGCCCACACUUUCUCCUUUCUUCCCUUCUCAUGGCUCCUCUUGCCCCUGUCAGAUGUGGUCGUAGAGUUCCUUAUGUCCGUUUAUCUGUCUCAGGGGCAUGACAUUUAAACUUGGAUAUGAAAUCUCAGGAGUGUGUGUUCUUGACUGACUUGGUCGCUUCUGGUUCCUGGCUGAGUUUGGUAGCAUGACAAAGUGGGGAUAGGCUAUAGAGUUAGGUCAGUCUGGACUCCAGUCAAUAAUCUGCCACCUGGCUUUGUGACUUCCAGCAGAUUACUUUGGUCUUGAAGUGGGGUUUUGUGAGGGUCAUAAGUUCACCUGCUGUGACAGGCAGGGCGUGGGCACCUCAUGAGUUCCCAUCCUUCCUUCAUCUGUGUCUUGGUCAUUGAGUUUAGGCUUGAGGAUAUGGAGACAGAGACGAGGAAGUGCCGGUGCCUCUCUUUAAGGAGGUUAUAGAAUGGCCUAGGUGGGGCCUGAGGAACUUUCUAGAUUGGGAGUCGGGGAACCUGAGUUCUAGCCAGUGCCCGCUCUCCCACCUCAGAGACACUGGACAAGCUGCUCUGCUCCUCUGGGCUUCACUUUGGUCAUCUGUACACAGGGGCCACAUCGGUCUUGUCGUUUUCUCAUUUGUCGUGGUUAGGUCAGGACCAGCCUGUGCCUGAGGGGCCAGUGCGGUGCAAGCAGGUGGAUAUGGGGGGCGCCCGCUUUUCCCUUCAGGCUGCUCCUGUCCACGCUGCCAGGGCCCCCUCUCCGCAGUGCUCUGGGGAAGCCUCCUGACUGCCUCCGGAAGCAGGAAUGAUGGAAACAAAGGCCGUUUCCGAUGGUCUGCAGCCGGUCGGGGUCUGAGGGUGGCAGGUCUUGCAGAUGUUGGCUAAAUUUGUGGUUUUAAGAAAGCCUGAGGGCCGGAGGGCAGCCCUGGGAGAAGCCCUUCCUGGGGGCACUUGGAACCUUCUGGUCCAGAGGAGAAGGCGUCCCCUCACCUGGACUUAUGACCCGCGGCUUUGCUCCCACUCUACCCACUGAGUUCCACAAGAUGGGCUCCUUCCGCAGGCCCAGGCCGCGCUUCAUGAGCUCCCCGGUGCUCAGUGAUCUGCCCCGAUUCCAAGCAGCCCGGCAGGCUCUGCAGCUGAGCUCCAACUCGGCCUGGAACAGUGUCCAGACUGCCGUGAUCAAUGUCUUCAAAGGGGGCGGCUUGCAAAGCAAUGAGCUCUAUGCACUGAACGAAAACAUCAGGAGGCUGCUGAAGAGUGAGCUUGGAUCCUUCAUUACAGACUAUUUCCAGAACCAGCUUCUUGCCAAAGGCCUGUUGUUCGUGGAGGAGAAGAUUAAGCUGUGUGAAGGUGAAAAUCGCAUUGAGGUUCUGGCUGAAGUGUGGGACCACUUCUUCACUGAGACUCUCCCCACCCUGCAGGCAAUAUUUUAUCCAGUUCAGGGCCAGGAGCUGACCAUCCGCCAGAUCUCCCUGCUGGGCUUCCGCGACCUGGUCCUGCUGAAGGUGAAGCUGGGUGAUUUGCUGCUGCUGGCCCAGUCCCAGCCACCCUCAUCCAUUGUCCAGAUGUUGCUCAUCCUGCAGAGCGUUCACGAGCCCACAGGCCCCAGUGAGGGUUAUUUGCAGCUGGAGGAACUGGUGAAACAAGUGGUGUCUCCUUUCCUGGGCAUCAGUGAGGACCGCGGUGUCUCGGGUCCCACAUCCGUGUCGGCCAGACGCCACUCCAGGGUCCGGCCCAAGGUCGCGGUCCUGAGCUACGCCUGCCCGACCCCCGCCCUCAGCCGGCCCCUGAAUGAGACGGCCCUGACCCCCCUGGCGGAGCAGGAGGGGGAAGCCUACCUGGAGAAGUGUGGCGGCGUCCGGCGGCACACAGUGGCCAAUGCCCACUCGGACAUCCAGCUGCUGGCGAUGGCCACCAUGAUGCACUCGGGCCUGGGUGAGGAGCCUGGCGGGGAGGACAAGGGCCUGCUCCUGCCGCCCAGCUUCUCGCCACCGCACCGGCAGUGCUCCAGUGAGCCCAACAUCACCGACAGCCCCGAUGCCCUGCAGCAGGGGGCCGCGGGCAGCCAGGGGGACUCCGAGCUGAACUGUGCUUCCCUUGGCUGAAUGCCCACCCCUGGGACCUCCCAGCCCCGGCCUGACCACCAGCAUGAGCACGGCUCCAUCCCCCGGGCAGGGGCAGGUGGGGCAGAGUUCCCCAAGGGGCUCCUCCUGAAGGCCUAGUCCAAGUGCCCCGGUUGUGAACCUCUCUGUUUUCGUGACUGUGACCCCCCUCUUGGCAGCCACACAGACCCGACUGCCUGAUGCUCACUUUCUGCUUGCCUGACUCCGGAUCCUCCUCUGGGGGCUCUGCCCUCAGAUCAGUGCUGUCUGACUCUCCCUACGAUAUCGCCCAGGGCCUCUGGCCUGAGGAUAGCGGGAGGUCGGCUGAGCCACACAUGGAGCCCGCAAGGAUGCGUUGGCCUCCGGAGAGCCCCUGUAGGUUCUUGUGAUGCGAGGCUGCCAGGAGAAGAGGUGGUAGAGCGGUACCUCUCCUCCCCUGCUCUGGGUGGAGUGAAAGCAGGCAGCGACCCCUGCCAAGCAGGACACUGGGAGCGUACCUUCCUUAUUUUACUUUCAGAAUUCCUGGAAAAGAGUUGUCCCUCUGGCGGGUGAGGGUCAUUCUCAUCGGUAUCCAGAUCCUCCAUGCCGCCUUUAACUUUUGGCCCCGGGGGACCACCCGGCUGGAGAAACGUCCUCUUUGAUGAAGCCUCAGUGCUCCCCUCUCUGGCCUCCUUCCAAGCUCAAGGAACUAACCUCCCUGGUGGAGUAGCUGGUGCCUUUCAGAAAUUGACCAUUUUCCUGUUGUGGGUGCGGGGCCAGUGGAUGCCAACCAAGUAGUCUGUUCCUGGAUUUGACUUGAAUUUUUUUAAUGUGCAUCGUUUCAAAAAAAAAAUUGUUUGCAAAUAUUUGCACGUAGGAUCUUGCAUUGCUCAUUUCCAAGGGCGUGUGUCUCCAAACUAGAAAAUAAACAGCCCCCCCCACUUAGGAAAAGAGCCUGGAAGUGGUUCAGGGUGCAGGUGAUCCGUGGUGGGUAGGGCUCAUCAGCCGCAGAGUGCUGGAAGCAGCUGGACUUGAAUCCAGAAUGAGCGUCACGGUCUGUAUCACUGAGGUAGGGAGGCUCCGUUUGCCUCAAGAGCAGAGGGUCGUAGCAAAUGCAAUGUCUCAGUGCUUUACAGUAGGGGAAAAUGGGGGGAGAUGUGGGCAGGACCUUUUGGAGAGAGGUUCAUUCCCUGUGAUUAAAGAAGUGCCUGGAAUUUCUAACAUCUGAGCUCUCAAAAUGCUGUUUGGGGCAGCAGGCUUUGGUACUGUGGUGAAUCCUUAACACUGCUCCCUCCGGGUCUGGGCUUUUUAUCCACCUAGAAGCCCUCUUCUCUUUGUAUUUGCCUGGUGGCCCCACCAAUAACAGCUCCAGAAAAAAGAGAAGGCUUUCCUGAGUCCUUCUGGUACCUUCUAGAUGUCCUUUUAGUCCUUGGAAACUGUUAACAAGACAUGAGCCAGCUUGGCUUCCAAUCUGGCGGGAGGUGGCUGGGCGAGGGCGAGAACAGUGUGAGCCGCCAGCAGGGAAGGCGGCCUUCUAAGCAUAUCUAAGCCUUGACGGCACAUCCCUUCUGGGUGAAGACCUGGAAUAUGACCAGAGUCAUGCUUUGGAUGGCUUGUACUUUUGGGAAGUUAGUUUAAAACGCUGUCUCAUUUUUAUUCUUCUAAGAAUGUGGAAGAGAAAUGUCCAAAGGAGACCUUCUGGGAAUUUCAAACAAAAAAAAUCUCUGUGUAUGUGUUGGAUGAAGUCCACAAAUUGACUAACGUGCAUUAGCGAUAGAACAUCAGUAAGUAACAACAUGAUGAUUUAUUUGA